UUUUUCCAAUAUUAUUGCUGGAGUAGUAUUUUACUGUCCAUAUGAAUGUUGAAAAGUUUUGUUUUAUUUUUCAGAUUGUUUUUAACAGUUAAAGUAUCAAGUACACGACUCUUACAACGCGUCUUUGAUGGUCAAUUUAAUCGUGUUAUAUUUAUUAAUAAUACUAUAAAAAAAAGAAUUACAUUUUUUGAUAACACCGGCUGUAAAAGCCAGGAAUUGUGUGAAUUUAAAGAUAAACUUAAUAACACGGAUUACAUACCCAAAGUUAAGGGUUUACCAUUGGUUGGCACCAUUUUCGAUCUAAUAGCUGCAGGAGGAGCUCCAAAACUACAUCUUUACAUUGACAAACGUCAUGCCGAGUAUGGACAUAUAUUUCGUGAACGUUUGGGUGGAACAGAAGAGGGUAUAUUUGUAUCAUCUGCAAAUCUAAUGCGUGCAGUAUUUAUUCAUGAGGGUUCAUAUCCCCGACAUCCAUUACCAGAAGCUUGGGUAUUAUACAAUAAAGAGAACAAUUGUCAAAGGGGAUUAUUCUUUAUGAAUGGGGAGGAAUGGUUUCAUAAUCGUCGUAUAUUAAGUCGUCUACUGCUCAAUGGUAAUCUUGAUUGGAUGAAUUGGCAUGUUAGACAACAGAGUAAUAGAUUGAUACAAAAGUGGUUACGUAAUAGUGAAGCUCAGUCAUCUAAAGGUUUUAUAAUAGAGAAUUUAGAAGAACAGCUAUACAGAUGGUCUAUAGAUGUUAUUAUAUCUGUCAUGUUUGGCGAAACUUCAGAUUUAGAAAUAUUAGAUAUUCAACAGGCGGUAGAUGAAUUUUCAAAUAUUGUUCACAAAAUAUUCGAAACCAGUUCACCUUUAAUGAAUUUUCCACCCAGAUUAGCCAAAAUCUUGGGUAUGAAAAUAUGGUGUGAAUUUGAAAAAAGUGUUGAAGAAGUUUUAAUUAAAGGCUAUCAUGUAAUUGAUCUAUUCUUGGAACGCACUUCAGCCUAUCCUGGUGGUCUUUAUGAAAAAUUACAAGAGGCUGAAGUUCCUUUGGAUAUGAUAAAACGUAUAUUUGUGGAUUUGGUUAUAGCAGCUGGAGAUACGACUGCCUAUUCGACCACCUGGGCUUUAUACCUAUUGUCACAAGAUGAAAAAUUACAAGAAAAGCUGCAUGAGGAAUACAAUACCAACACCCACGAUACACCCUUAUUAAGAGGUCUAAUAAAAGAAACACUACGACUUUAUCCGGUGGCACCAUUUAUAGGCAGAUACGUAGCACAAGAAUGUAGGCUGGAUAAUAAAUAUCACUUAAAAGAAAAUUCUUUGGUAUUUCUGUCACUAUUUACGGCUGGUCGUGAUGCCAAUCACUUUCCGGAGCCCUUAAAAGUAAUGCCAGAACGUUGGCUACGUAAUGAACUGACUGGUGAGUUAAGAGCGGUAUAUGCAGCUCAUGCUACUUUACCUUUUGCUAUUGGAAAUCGAUCUUGUAUUGGACGCAAAUUGGCCAUUAAUCAAAUGCAAUAUAUGAUUGCGGAGAUGGCAAAACUUUUCCAUUUAAAAUGUAUUAAUAACGCACCUAUAGAAAGUGUCUUAAGAUUGGUUACCGUUCCAAAUCAACCCAUUAAACUAUUAAUAAACAAACGCUGGGAUUAAAUUAUGCACAAAAUUUCAUUUAAACUUUCUAGUUUAAUUAUUAAAAAUACAUCCUUUAUUGAUAAUUUUUUCUUAACAAAAUAGAUUUCAUAAUUG